AGGAGGAGGAGUAAUGUGUAGACUUCAGUUUCUACAUGAUGUGGACUUCUCCUCUAUCAGUGACACAGUCAUGAAGUAACUCGAUGUGUGAAGCCUGCCACCCUCUGGUUUCAAUCGGGAGGAUAUGUCGUCGUCAGCUACAGAACACCACCCAUAGAAUUGGUCUUGUAUGCAGAGGAAGUCGGGUGAUUUGGCCACAUGUGCACGGAAGCGUUUGGAUUCCAUGCAGCCACGUCCUGUUCUGUGGAACGACAUGGAAGAAACAACCCUUGAAGUUGCCGUGACUGAUCUCACAGCUACAUAUCAUGCCGAAUAUCUCCACAAGCUGGAAAGGAAGAACUAAAGCCCCGUCUGCAAACUCUCAUCACCUGGAUUCUACCACUGUGACCCCAGUGACUCUAACAGUUGACCCCAAAGGCUACUUCCUGUAUUGGACUGACCAGAACAAGGAAACAGACCUACUGGAUAUAGCCUACAUUAGAGAUGCCAGAAAUGGAAAGUGCACCAAAACGCCAAAGGAAGCCAAGCUGCGUGAGCUACUGGAUGUCAGCACGCUGGCGGGGAAGAUGGAGAACAGGAUGCUGACAGUGGUGAGCGGCACCGACAUGGUCAACAUCACCUACCUGAACUUCAUGGCCUUCCAGGAGGAGAUAGCAAAGGAAUGGGCAGAAGAGUUAUUCAACUUGGCAUCUAACCUCUUGGUCCAGAACAUGUCCAGAGAGGCCUGCCUGGAGAAAGCAUACACUCGACUGAAGCUGCAGCUCAAUCCUGAGGGGCGAAUACCCAUCAAGAAUAUCUUCAGGAUGUUCUCAGCAGACAGGAAGCGAGUGGAGACUGCCCUGGAAAACUGUAACCUCCCUUCUGGCAGAAAUGACUCCAUCCCCCAGGAAGACUUCACUCCAGAGGUGUACAACAUGUUUCUGAGCAACAUCUGCCCCCGACCCGAGCUGGACCACAUUUUCUCUGACGUGGGGACUAAGAGUUGUCCAUGCCUGACAGUGGAGCAAAUGACGGAGUUCAUUAACGUUAAACAGCGAGACCCUCGUCUGAAUGAGAUUCUCUACCCUCCUCUCAAACCGGAACAGGUUCAGCUGCUGGUGGAUAAAUAUGAACCAAAUCCGUCUCUGGCACAGAAAGGUCAGAUCUCGCUGGAAGGCUUCGCCAGGUAUUUGAACUGUGAGGAUAACAGCAUCAUCCCACCGGAAAAGCUGGACCAGAGUGAAGACAUGACCUUUCCCCUCUCGCACUACUUCAUCAACUCGUCACACAAUACAUACCUCACAGCUGGCCAGCUUGCAGGAAACUCUUCCGUUGAGAUGUACAAGCAGGUUCUCCUGUCAGGGUGCCGCUGCAUUGAACUGGACUGCUGGAAGGGUCGCACCACAGAAGAAGAGCCCGUAAUCACUCACGGCUUCACCAUGACAACUGAAAUCUCCUUCAAGGAGGUGAUCGAGGCCAUUGCUGAGUGUGCUUUCAAGACGUCGCCCUUCCCGAUCAUCCUGUCUUUUGAGAACCACGUGGACUCACCAAAGCAACAGGCGAAGAUGGCGGAGUACUGUCGCUCAAUAUUUGGAGAUGCAUUACUCACAGAGCCUUUGGAAAAAUAUCCGUUGGAGUCCAGUGUGCCACUACCCAGCCCAAUGGAGCUCAUGGGCAAAAUCUUGGUGAAGAACAAGAAGAAACACCACAAGACGGAUGGAAGUCACAAGAAAAAACUGUCGGAGCAGGUUUCUAACACCUACAGUGAUUCUUCCAGUGUGUGUGAGCCCUCGUCCCCGAGCGCAGGUUCAACCAAAGAAGAGAUGGCAGACUCUUCACAGACCACUGAGAGCGCUGAGCUCAGCCUGAGGCCACAGGGCAGAAAGUCUAUUGGGGAAGUGGAGGCAGAGAGUGAAGAUGAAGAUGACGACGAUGACGAUUGUAAAAAGGGCUCAAUGGAUGAGGGCACAGCAGGCAGUGAGGCAUUUGCUACAGAGGAAAUGUCCAACCUGGUCAUCUACAUCCAACCAGUCAAGUUUAACAGCUUUGAGGGUUCAAAAAAGAUCAAUCGCAGCUACCAGAUGUCAUCCUUUGUUGAGACCAAAGCUUUGGAGCAACUGACCAAGUCCCCUGUAGAGUUUGUGGAAUACAACAAGCUGCAGCUGAGCAGGAUCUACCCUAAAGGCACUCGAGUGGAUUCUUCCAACUACAACCCUCAGCUCUUCUGGAAUGCUGGUUGUCAGCUGGUGGCUCUCAAUUUCCAAACUAUUGAUUUGUCCAUGCAACUAAACCUGGGCAUGUACGAGUACAACGGCAAAUGUGGAUACAGACUCAAACCAGAGUUUAUGAGACGACCAGACAAACACUUUGACCCUUUUACUGAGAGCACAGUGGACGGGAUAGUAGCCAACACACUGUCUGUUAAGAUCAUCUCUGGCCAGUUCCUGUCAGAUAAGAAAGUGGGCACAUACGUGGAGAUGGACAUGUUUGGCUUACCUGUGGACACCAAGAGGAAAGCUUUCAAGACCAAGACUUCUCAGGGCAACGCCAUCAACCCUGUCUGGGAAGAAGAGGCCAUUGUCUUCAAGAAAGUUGUCCUGCCCACACUUGCUUCAUUGAGAAUAGCUGUGUUUGAAGAAGGUGGGAAGUUCAUCGGCCACCGUAUCAUUCCGGUAUCAGCCAUUCGUCCAGGCUAUCACUACAUCAGCCUGAGGAAUGAGAAGAACCUGUCUCUGACGCUGCCUGCUUUGUUCGUGUACGUAGAAGUGAAGGACUAUGUUCCAGACACAUUUGCAGAUGUCAUUGAAGCCUUGUCCAAUCCCAUCCGCUACGUCAACCUGAUGGAGCAGAGAGCCAAUCAGCUGGCUGCUCUGACUUUGGAGGAGGGAGGAGAGGAGGAUGGGGACAAAGAGGUGGAGGCGGGAAGUGACGCACCCUCAGAAUCUAAGGUGGACCAGAGGGUAACAUCGCCCGCAGAGAACGGACUGAGCCACACACCCAUCAUCACCCCAAAACCCCCGUCACUGGUCGGCCAGACUCAGUCUGCAGGCUCGCUGAAACCAUCCGUGAAGAGUGAAGACAUCAUUCAGACUGUUCUCACUGAACUGGAAGCUCAGUCACUGGAGGAGUUGAAGCAACAGAAAGGCUUUGUACGUGAGCAGAGGAAACAGUACAAGGAGAUGAAGGAGUUGGUUCGGAAACACCACAGAAAGACCAGCGAGCUGAUCAAGGAGCACACGGCUCGUGUAUCCGAGCUGCAGAGCCAGUACCAGCGUCGGCGCUCCGCUCUGCAGAAGAGCCACAAACGAGAUGGUAAGAAAAGCCGGUCAAACCACUCCCUGUCCACCCUGGACCAGGAGCUGUGUGAGCUGGAUCAGGAGUGCAACCAGCAUCUGGCAGAGCUUAAGGAGCAGCAACAGCAGCAGCUCCUCACACUCCGCCAGGAGCAGUACUACAGCGAAAAGUACCAGAAAAGAGAGCACAUCAAACAGCUGGUUGAGAAGCUGACCACUAUAGCAGAGGAGUGCCAGAGCACUCAGCUCAAGAAGAUCAGAGACAUCUGCGAUAAAGAAAAGAAGGAUCUUAAGAAGAGAAUGGACAAGAAACGGCAGGAGAAAAUCAACGAGGCCAAAUCUAAAGACAAGAAUGUAACAGAGGAAGAGAAGCUGGAGAUCAACAGAUCAUUUGUCAAUGAGGUGGUGCAGUACAUCAAACGGUUGGAGGAUGCACAGAGUAAAAGACAGGAGAGACUACUGGAGAAGCACAAGGACAUCCGGCAACAAAUCUUAGAUGAAAGGCCGAAGUUACAGAGCGAUCUGGACCAGGAGUACCAGGACAAAUUUCGGAGGUUACCUGUGGAGAUCCAAGAAUUUGUUCAGGACAGCAGCAAGGCGAAGCUUAGCGACGACCGCGCGAACCUUGUUGCCUCCUCCACGUCAGAGAAGCUCAACCACAAGGUGUCGCAGUCCGACGACGACACGGAGGAGGGCUCGUCGGACCGAGUUUACGACACGUCCCUGUAGAGAUUUAACCCGUCGGCGCUUCGCUUCACACUGGGACACUGAUUGGUGGCUGUGACUUUGUGACUACAGAUGAAUGACGAGACUGUGGCAACUCAUUUUAACGAGAGUGGGAGGAUUAGAUCAAAUCUGAGCCCGGAUUGGUGAGUAGAGGUCCUCUCUACGUUGAGUGCAGUCUUGUCCACAAAGCCGUACAUUUUGUGUAUCUGUAUGUUAACUGUAUUUUGUCGUCAUUUUCUUUGGUACGGUCACAGGAUGUGUCACAAAGCACUAACUAUUUGCAGGAAAUAACUUACUUGAACUAUUGCACAGAGAGAGUAGUUUUUAUUAUUAUUAUUAUCAUCAUUAUUAUUAUUAUUAUUAUUAUUACAAUAAUAUUGACAGUAGAUGUGGUCAGUGAGGUGUGUGGUGCCAAGGUCUUGAAUUCACUUACAGUGGUCAUUGUCAUUUAAGUGGAGUCAACUUGUAUUGUAAAGAAAACCACUGCGUACAUUCAGCCUGUGAUGCUACCAUCUUUUUAAGGUUUAGAUUCACUUGUCCACAUUUGCACUGAAAGCUCACAACGUAACUAUGUAACUCUAACUUUAACCCAGAGGCACUGGUGGCUUGCUGGUUCUCAAUUUUGUUCUCACAGAACUAAGCAUGUGUGUUGCUGCUAUUUUUGUUUUAGAACCAUCCAUUUUAACCAUUAUUUGGUUUGUACGUUAUUUAACAUGAUGAUAUUAUGCAGUGCUCUGUUUUUGUUUUUGUUUUGUUUUUAGUUUCUAAAAGUUUUUUUUUUUUUUUUUUGCUUUGCUUGAGGGCAGUUUUUGCCCACGGAGAGCAAGUGGAGAGAGAGUGAGUUGUACAUAAAUCUGCAUGUAUUUGACCAACUGUAAAUGUUACAGUAGAUCUAGAGCCGAGAUUUAGAGAUUAUCAAAUGUAAAUCUAUUUUCACCAAAACAUUUAAAGAAAACCUGCAAAAGGAGUGCACCCAGUGUGACCUCACUGUGGCAUCAACGGAACGACACUGAAAAGAGAAGUUAUCGGUAAUGACACACCGUUUAACUUCGAUCCGACUUUAUCUGGCUCACGUUAACAGACGCUCUGACGUUUAGCCCGCUUGAACUAAAACUGUCAAACUGGGUCACUCACAUAGACGGGAGAGGACCCCACUGUACUUUUAUAGAAGCAGGUUCACUGUGUAGUGGCAGGUAAUUGCGUGAGUGUGCGUGGAGCAGAUGCACGGGACAACAGGAAACAAGUCAGACACAGGCAUUAUUCUCACUUCAGCCACACUUGGUACUAGCAACAGUUUGGAGCGGGGGGGGGGAAGUGGAUCAGUUAUUUUUAAAACAUGAUAGCAGACGCUCAGUACAAAUCUGCACAACACCAGCGUUAACAUGAUCUCACAAGUAACUGAACAAUUUCCUCUUUAAAAAAAACAAAAAAAACAUGAACUGUCCAUUCAGUGACUAUAGGGGGGAAGUGUUCAUCACUUCCCAACUGUCCAGUGCCAUUGAACUCACGGUUGUGUCGUUUUAUAUCAAAUCGUGUUCCAGCCAGAGUUUCCUUUAGAAAAGAAAAAGUUGAAAAAUUGAAAGAGAGAGACGAUCAGACAUGUAAGUACAAACUACUUUUUAAAAAAAAAGACGAUAUUGAUGUGAGAGUCCUGUGCCUUUGUAUAGGUUUGCCUUGUUUGAUGUUGAAUGUGUGAAAUGCAUCAUUGUUGAAAUUUGCCAUAAUACUAUAUGAAGCUGUCUGAUAUUGAAUAGACCGUGUGCACUUUUUAGUACAGUAACACUACUGAGUAAUGCUUGUGAUGAGCAGUAUUUGACAUGUGUCUCUUAAGAAAUGCGAGGCAUCCUACUUUUAUGUCUUGAACCACUUUAUUUAACAGCCCCCAACACACACCCCCACCCCACCCUCCCUUUUUCAUCAACUUAAGUGUAUGCACUCUGGAAAUGUAAAUGUAUGUAUGACAUAAAGGAUAAAAUAUGAAGUUGAUGAAAAAAAAAAUAGUGUAAAGGGAAUUUGCCUGUAAUGAAAAUAAAUGUGGCUAUUAUUGUACUUUGCUGGAGUUGAGUUUUGGGUCUUUUAAUUUUCGUCGUUUAUCGAUCGAAUGUUGUUGUUUUAUUUUUUUUUCAUCUUUAAUGUCUGUGGUUGUAUUUCUUUAAAACGACUGUCAUUCAUUCAUCAUGUUUUUGUCUUUAUUUUGUGAAUUUCCCAUUUGUCAUGUAAUUAUGGUUUGUUUUCAUUAUUUGUCACAACUCAUUGUUUUGUCUUGAACUAGAGGUUUCACUGUUAAUCCAGACAAAGACUAAAUGAUCAUGGCUGACAAAGACAA